GUCCAAAGGGAAUUGCCAAUGCAAACCCUCACCUCUACAAAGUCCCAGAAAUUUUUCAGGAACCUUUUGGUUUCCAAGGAUAUUGAAGUUAUGAAAAGGUCAUUACUUUGUGUAUCCACAUUAUCAAUUGGACUAACCUUAUGGUUCGUUGCUGCACCAAUGGCACAUGCAAGUGAUAAGAUAAACGGGAAUGCUGUUUACGAGGUUGGCGAGUUAUUUGAGUUAGGAAUCCAGCUGUCAUACUUGCUGUUACUAUUAGGUUUUCUUGGAGUUGGAACCUUCUUUGUUAUUCGUCAAGUCCUUGUACGUAGAGAACUUGAUCUUUCGGCCAAAGAAUUGCAGGAACAAGUACGGAGUGGUGAUGCUAGUGCAACUGAAUAUUUCGAACUUGGCGCAGUGAUGCUGAGGAGGAAAUUUUACCCUGCAGCUAUUAAGUACUUGCUUCAGGCAAUUGAGAAAUGGGAUGGAGAUGACCAAGAUCUUGCCCAAGUUUACAAUGCCCUUGGUGUCAGCUUUGUCCUUGAUGGCAAGCUUGACAAGGGAAUUACUCAGUUCGAAACAGCCGUGAAACUUCAACCGGGCUAUGUCACGGCUUGGAACAACCUUGGAGAUGCUUAUGAAAAGAAGAAAGAGUUCAAGGCGGCUCUAAAGGCAUUUGAAGAAGUGCUUCUUUUCGACCCUAACAACAAAGUGGCGCGGCCAAGGAGAGACGCCUUGAAGGAAAAGGUGGAGAUGUUAAGGGGAGUUCCUGUGAAAUCGAAGGAAAGGUGAUCUAAUGAAUAUCUUUCUGUUUUAAGGCUAAAAUGAUUAUCAGCUAUCAAGACUUUAUUUGAGGUUUGCUUGAAAUGAGCUCAAUAUUAGCAAUUAGAAAAUGAGAUUCGAUCACUUUCGUAUAGUUUCCUGAUCAAGUACCUAAAUGAUGUCCUUCCUUUUCUGUUGACACAAAGAUGAGUAAUUUGUAUUUUGUAGAACCGGAACAAGUUGAUUUCUUAAAAAUUACGAUGAACCCAAGUGUAUUCCAGAUUACUGUGUGUA